AUGUCUCUAUACGAUGCGCUUUUCCUAUACGGAUUGGCCGUUCGCGAUGCUUAUGAGGAGACAAAAAAUCAGUCAAUAUUUAUGGAUGGAUCAUUUAUAUGGAAGAAGAUGACAGCCCGUCAAUUUAUUGGAGUUACAGGACAAGUAUUGAUGAACAAUAAGGCUAUUCGGGUGCCUAGUUAUGCAACCUAUCACGUUAAAAACGGAACAAUGAGAAUUGUGGUAGAAUUAACUGCGCGACUUGGAGAUAAACACAAAUGUGCAAUGUCAGAAAAUGAUUGUAGCGAGCAUGAAAGAAUGCUUUACGACAUGACCUGGCGCAUUCCUCGAGAGCAAGUUCGGCUACUGGAAGAACGUACAAGGAAGUCUGGCUCUACCUCUGCUCACAGCAAAACUUUGUCUCACGAUAGUUCGUCCCUUCAAGGAAGCAUAGGCUCUAGAGCUAACAGCCGCCUAUCAGCUAAACAAGCUGUAGCUAAUGGGGUUAAGUGCUCCUACAAGAGAUAUGCACAAACACGUUCAGUAACCUUUAAUAAACAUGAUUUGGCUCGUUUGAAGGAGUUGAAAGUUAUGGAAAAUGAAAAUUUGAAUAAGUUCUAUGGAAUUUCUUUCAAUCAACAAAACGAAUUUAUUGUGCUUUGGUUACUCUGCCAGCGAGGGAGUUUGGAAGAUGUUCUGUUCAACGAAGAAUUAAAAAUCAGUCGGAAUUUUCAAGUUUCUUUUGUAAAAGAUGUUGUCAAGGGUCUCUUCUUCCUCCACACUUCAACAAUUAAAUAUCACGGCUUUUUAUGCCUACAAAAUUGCCUCGUCGAUUCCAACUGGAAUAUUAAAUUAACAAAUUUUGUUACUGAAGAGAUUAUUGGGGAUAAAUUGCGGCAUAAUGAAUUAAAAUAUAUAAGUGAAAGUGAAUUGAUGAGGAUGAAAAAAGAAAGGGAGAGAAUUAGAGAGAAGGAAAGGCCAAAAAAAGGUGGAGGUAAUAAUGAAGAUGGAGGGGGAGGAGGAGAUGAUGGAGGUGAAGAAGGAGGUGGGGGUGGUGGAAGAAGAGGAGGAGGAAGAAAACGAGCAGAAAAACGAAGGGAAAAUAACAAUACAGAAUCGGAAAGUAAAGGAAGUGAAGAGGAAGAUUUGGCUAAUGUUAGAAUGAGGGAGAAGAAUACUACUAAAAAAUUUAUUCAACAAGCACCAGAAAUAAUUAGAGAAUUUAUUUCUACAAAACACAUUCCACAAGGGUCGCCUGCUUCCGAUAUGUAUGGACUUGGAAUGGUUCUAUACCAAAUUUUGUUUAAAUUGGAACCCUUUUAUGAACGAAAUUUGCCUCCUUCAAAAAUUCUUCAGAAAAUAGCUCUAGCUAAUGAGGAUGAUCAAAUUAUACGCCCAACAUUUCCAAAUCAACAACAAAUUGCAGCAAAUGAGGAAGCAUAUAAUUUACAAUUGCUUUCGGCAUUAGAAGCUUGUUGGCUAGAAUUACCAGAAAUGCGUCCAAAUAUAAAAAGAAUUAAAGCUAUUGUAAACUCAAAUUUGAAAUCUACCGGAAGCGGGUCUCUAGUAGACCAAAUGAUGAAAAUGAUGGAAGAUUAUACUACUAAUUUGGAAAUAUUAGUUAAAGAACGGACUCAAUUGCUUGAGGAAGCUCAACAACAAGCUGACAGAUUGUUGAAAAAUAUGUUGCCCUCCACAAUUGCCGAUGAUCUCAAGGCAGGUCGAGCAGUCCCUCCCCAACUCUAUCUGAACGCUACCGUCCUUUUCUCUGACAUUCGUGGAUUUACUCGAAUGGCUAGCAAUUCAACACCCCUCCAAGUAGUCAAUUUCCUUAAUGAUUUAUUUUCUGGAUUUGAUUCGAUAAUUGCAAAACAUGAUGCUUAUAAAGUUGAGACGAUUGGGGAUGCUUACAUGAUUGUUUCUGGCGUUCCCCGUGAAAAUGGUAACGCUCACGUUCAACAUAUAGCAGAUAUUGCAUUAAAAAUGCGCUCUUUUGUAGCAAAUUUUAAAGUUGCACACCGACCAGAAGAAAUAAUGAUGGUACGUAUCGGAUUCCAUAGCGGUUCUGUUGCUGCUGGAGUUGUCGGAAUAGCCGCCCCUCGCUAUUGUCUUUUCGGCGACACUGUUAACAUGGCAUCUCGAAUGGAGUCUAGUGGUGUUUCUAAUAAAAUUCAAAUAAGUGAGUCCUCCUGCAAUUUACUUCGAUGUUUCUAUCACCAAUUUAUUGUUGUAGAACGGGGGAAAGUUGAUGUUAAGGGGAAAGGGGAAUGCACUACCUUUUUCUUGGAAGGGAAAGAAGGUCCGUUGAAUAUUCCUGUUGGCCGUAAAAAAUAA